AUGCAUUGCACUCUCAGAAAAAAAGAUGGACAGCAGUGGCUCUGUGUGUUUUCCAGGGAUUUUCUGCCCCGUGGAUCCGGAAUCGUCACACGCAGACCACUUGUUCUGCAGCUCAUCACCGCAAACACAGAGUGGGCCGAGUUCCUGCACUGCAAAGGGAAGAAAUUCACCGAUUUCGAUGAAGUCCGUCAAGAGAUCGAGGCUGAGACCGACCGCGUCACCGGGGCCAAUAAGGGCAUUUCACCCGUUCCCAUCAACCUGAGGGUUUAUUCCCCGAACGUGCUGAAUCUGACCCUCAUCGACCUGCCGGGCAUCACUAAAGUGCCGGUGGGAGAUCAGCCGGCUGACAUCGAGCAUCAGAUCCGAGACAUGAUCAUGCAGUUCAUCUGCCGCGAGAGCUGCCUGAUCCUGGCUGUCACUCCGGCUAACACUGACCUGGCCAACUCUGACGCGCUCAAACUGGCCAAAGACGUCGACCCUCAGGGCCAGAGGACCAUCGGUGUGAUCACCAAACUCGACCUGAUGGAUGAAGGUACAGACGCACGAGAUGUUUUGGAGAACAAGCUCCUUCCUCUGCGCCGCGGUUAUAUCGGCGUGGUGAACCGCAGUCAGAAAGACAUCGACGGGAAGAAGGACAUCAAAGCGGCUCUGGCGGCAGAGAGGAAGUUCUUUCUGACUCAUCCGGCCUACAGACACAUAGCAGACAGCAUGGGCACCCCACACCUGCAGAAGGUCCUCAAUCAGCAACUGACCAACCACAUCCGGGACACGCUGCCUGCCUUCCGCAGUAAACUGCAGUCGCAGCUGCUGUCUCUGGACCGAGAGGCGGAGGAGUACCGGCAGUACCGGCCCGACGACCCGUCACGCAAGACCAAAGCCCUGCUGCAGAUGGUGCAGCAGUUCUCGGUGGACUUCGAGAAGCGUAUCGAAGGCUCUGGUGAUCAGGUGGACACCGUGGAGCUGUCUGGAGGAGCCAAGAUCAACCGCAUCUUCCACGAGCGCUUCCCUUUCGAGCUGGUCAAGAUGGAGUGUGACGAGAAAGAGAUGCGGCGGGAAAUCAGCUACGCUAUCAAGAACAUCCAUGGCAUUAGGACGGGUCUGUUCACUCCAGACAUGGCCUUCGAGGCGAUCGUGAAGAAGCAGGUGGUGAAGAUCAAGGAGCCGUGUAUUAAGUGUAUUGAUCUGGUGGUUCAGGAGCUGAUCAACACGGUUCGUCAGUGCUCUGAUAAGCUGGAUUCAUUCCCUCAUCUGCGGGAGGAGACGGAGCGGAUCGUCACGACUCAUAUCCGUGACCGAGAGAGCCGAGCCAAAGAGCAGGUGCUGCUGCUCAUCGACGUUCAGCUCGCGUACAUCAACACCAACCACGAGGAUUUCAUCGGCUUCGCCAAUGCUCAGCAGCGCAGCAGUCAGGCGAAUAAGAAGAGCUCUGCAGGGAAUCAGGAGCUCCAGGUGAUCCGUAAGGGCUGGCUGACCAUCAAUAACAUCAGCAUCAUGAAGGGAGGAGCGAAGGAGUACUGGUUCGUGCUGACCGCCGAGAGCCUGUCCUGGUUCAAAGAUGACGAGGAGAAAGAGAAGAAGUACAUGCUGCCCCUGGACAAUCUGAAGGUCAGAGAUGUGGAGAAAAGCUUCAUGUCCAGCAAGCACAUGUUUGCCAUCUUCAACACGGAGCAGCGGAACGUGUUCAAGGACAACCGUUUCUUGGAGCUGGCGUGUGACACUCUGGAGGAGGUGGAGAGCUGGAGAGCGUCGCUGCUGCGCGCCGGCGUUUAUCCCGAAAGGGCCGGGGUGGAGAGUGAGAGUUCUGGUCCGUCGGAGAACUUCUCCAUGGAUCCUCAGCUGGAGAGGAAGGUGGAGACCAUCAGGAACCUGGUGGACUCCUACAUGGCCAUCGUCAACAAAUGCAUCCGCGACCUCAUGCCCAAGAGCAUCAUGCAUCUGAUGAUCAAUAACGUGAAGGAGUUCAUUAACGCGGAGCUCCUGGCGCAGCUGUACUCGGCUGGAGAUCAGAACGCUCUGAUGGACGAGUCUCAGGAGCAGGUGCAGCGGCGCGAGGAGGUUCUGCGCACACACCACGCUCUGAAAGAAGCUCUGGCCAUCAUCGGCGACAUCUCCACCACCACCAUCUCCACACCGCUGCCUCCGCCGGUGGAUAACUCCUGGCUGAGCGCCGGGGCCGGCUCCCGCAGGUCUCCUCCUCCGAGCCCCACGGCUCCGCGCCGGAUGUCUGCGGGACAGAGACCCGCUGGAAGAGGUGCUCCUGUGCCUCCGUCUCGCCCCGGACCCUUGGGGCCCUUGAAUAACAGCGCAGACAGCCCACAGGUUCCCAGCCGGCCCAACCGAGCGCCUCCCAGCAUUCCCAGCCGUCGUCCUCCACCUUCCCCGACCAGACAGGUUCCCCCUUAAGAGGCUGUUUUUCCAGAGCGUUCUCAUGUGUGUCCCGUACCAAAGCUCUGAAUCCCUGCAUGUCCCAGUGAUGCUUCCCUUCUCGUGUGCUGGUGUCUUUGAUAGCAGUGCUGGUUGUGUGUUGUUUGUCAGUGCCUGUGGUUCAGUCUGGUUCAGACGUGGAGUCUCAUCCAUGCGAUCCUCUUCUAGUCUUCACCCAAACCUCUCUGUUCUGUAGUGAAUCGUUCGUGGUAGUGCUGUGCUUCCCAUUCCUUAAAGCGUGCAGCACUGCAUUGAUGUUUCUAGCGAUGCAUGUUUGUUUAUUUUAGGCUGUUGAUAAGCGUGUCCACAUACUUCUGUCACAUUAUACCAUAGUAUGUGAGCGAUAUAUCUUAGUGUAAGCUGGGAAGUGUGUGUGUGU